AUGGCUGUCAAUGGUAUUUUUACUUAUGAAGAUCUUUAUGCAGGUAAAUUUCAAGAUUAUCAUCGUAGACUUAUUCCUCAAGUAUCAUCUUCUUUCACAUCGAAUCAACAUUCGCUUGUAUUGAAUAUCAUAACAACCACAACAACAACAUCUGUUUCUACUUCACAUUUUUCAAAAUUGAUUUCAUCAACAGAAAUAGAAUCAAAUAUAAAACUAAAUAAACUCACGGAUGUUAUUCCCUUUAUCUAUUUUUAUUGGCUUCUUCUAUUACUUGCUAUUUUUCUAACAUUUGCAUUGCUAAUUAUUUUCAUUUGUUAUUGUCAUAAUUGUUUUAAGAAUUAUAGAACCCGCAGAGAAUCAUUAUCAAGCUUCUAUCAAUAUCGAACAACAAAUCAACGUGUAACCCCAUGUGAUAAGUAUCAACGAACAGCAUCAUCAGUCCAUUUUUUACUUACACCCCCAUGCCCAUCAAAAUCAUUAGAAUGUCUUAAUAAUCAACUUCAUCGACAAGAUCUUGAUAUUACUGAUUCUCCACAGAUUGCACGUUUUGAUAAGUAUCGUAAUGAGUCUUUAAGUACAUUCGCAAGUUCCGCAUCAUAUUUACCGUCCGUAUUGCAAAGUCGUUUAAGUACUCGUUCAAUGGAUCCAUCAUUAAAAAUGGAACAAUUGUAUGAAUCACAACGUGUCAGCAUGACAGUGGAUGAUGAACGCAACGAAGAUUCAUCAAUUAUUGAUAUCAAUUAG